AUGUCUGAAUUAUCUCCAAACACUGCCAAUUUGUCUACAAAUAUUACAGUUACCCCGGCUAGUAACACCGUUUCUCCAAAAAACUCAACCCCUCCCUCACCUGAACUACAACAUUAUACCAUCAAUGGCAAUAGUCAUCACAGAAGAGGAAGCAGCAUAAACAGCUCCACGGGUUCACCUUCUCGUAAUAGAAGCAACAGUAGCAGUGCGAAUGUAUUGACACCAACACCUUCUCAUCAUCAACCUGCCCAUGCUUUAACUAGACAAAGAAGAUCUUCUUCUUUGAUUCAACAUUUAGAACCAGAUACAUUAGAUACCAAGAUUGAUCAAGCUUUAAACCCCAAUGUCAACGCAAAUUGGGUCCAUCAAAAGGGUGCAUGGGUGAUCCAUGUGGUUAUUAUCAUGUUACUUAAAAUGGUUUUUAAUUUUAUUGGUAUUUUGAACAACGACUGGAGAUGGACAUUGACUAAUUUAACUUAUAAUAUUGGAUCUUACAUCAUGUUCCAUCAAGUUAAAGGUACUCCGUUUGAGUUUAAUAGUGGUGCAUACGAUAAUUUAACUAUGUGGGAACAAAUUGAUAAUGGAGAUCAAUAUACUCCGUCGAAGAAAUUCUUGAUGUUAGUACCAAUUGGAUUGUUUUUAAUCAGUACACAUUAUUCAAGCUACAAUUUGAAUUUAUUUAUUGUGAAUGGGAUCAGUUGUCUCUGUGUGGUGGUUCCAAAGUUGGCAAUUUCCCAUAGAUUAAGAGUUACUUUAUAUUAG